GAUGUAGACAUCGUUCGCGCACCGACUACACGGGCCGCAGUUCAAAAUAGAUCAACACUCAUUGAAUACCAUAUAAGGCCUAUAUAUAUAUUCCGUAACUGAACAAUAAACAGAUAAACAGACAAGCUGGCAACAGCUUAGAGCAUGCAGCAGUAACUGAACUGAACCCAAAGGCAAAGUCAAAGCUAUUUUUUGGGCCUUGCAGAAGAAUUUUGAGCUGUAUGUGCGAGAAAAAAGUCAAAUAUAUAAAUUUAAUGUCCAAUCGCGCGACAGCGGCGGCUGCUUUGGUGGAUGCUUAAAAAUAGCCAACGACCACGAACCACAAAACGACAACGAAACUAACACGAACAAAAGCGAAAAGACAGCGAGAACAACAACAACAUUGGACAGGCGGAGACGGAUUACGACCAGGGCCAAGUAAAUAGGCAGAGUCGUAAAAACUGCUGCUGCUGCUGCUGGUGACGACGACGACAGCUGUUGUCGAGGUGAUCACCUUUGUGGCUGACAAUGCUCAAUUCACGGCGUUCGGCCUCGGUGGGCGCUCUGCCCGCUGAGAAGAAGCAUUUUGUGUCGCGGGUGGAGAGCGCCAGUGGCGCGUCUUUGGACGUUCGUUGCGCCUGUCAGUUCUUUCAGUGCGAAUCAUUGCUGCCGGAGCGUGUGAAUCCGGUUGACUCACGUCCGAGCUCUCGGCAGGAUCACCACAUCGACGAUCAAUACCACCUGCAGCAAGAUGAACUCUCGACGCAUAGUUUUGAGGUCAUUAGCCAUGCGGAUGUGGCGCCUUCGGUGGACCUGAGCUUCAUGGAACGCUUCCCGGAGCUGGAGCAGACGGCACGCACACGUGGAUUGGUCGUACGCAGUAUUUCGGAUGCAACGGAACCAGAUAUGCCGGGUAACCAGCAGCUGGGUGGUUUAAUGGCUGGUCGCCGGCGACAGCUGUCAAUGAGCGGUUUUUCCUCGGGCAGCGUGGGACGCUUUGGCGACAACCUGUCCACGCGUAGUGGCACCUCCCUGCGUCGCAUCUCGGCCGGCUACUCCAAGACGGAUCUGUACUGCGCGGACAUUAAUAUACCUAAUCAAAUGCCUCGUGGACCCGGAGGUCACCGCUCCGCAAGCGCUAGUCGACGCACAUCGAAUGCGGAUCUGUUUCAGGCAACCAUCAUGCCAGGUUCGUUGCAAGCGCCACAGCUGAAUCUGAUUACAGCCACGCCCACUCCGGGCAUGUCGGAUACGCCGCCGCAGUUCUACUCGCAUCAAUCCUCACCAGCGCCGGACUUUCGCAACGCCAAGCCACCCUUGUCGCCAGAUUAUAUGCGACCAAGUGCGGCCAAAAAGGAGAAUCAACCCGGCGACAUGAUGCCACAGAAUCGUCCCAUUGAUGUUUCUCGCUUCGGUUGCGAUGCAGUGCGUCCCUCAAUGCUGCUUGAGUCCGAUUUAAUGCAGCUGAGAAGUCUCCAUCAGUCCACGGACACUCCCAAAGAUCCGCUAGCCGCAACAGUUGCUGAAUUGGAGCAGCAGGCCCAGGAACACAAUAUAGUCAAUAUCCGGGAUAACAUACAGACACAGACGCGACGUCCGCCAUCCAUUUCCAGUGAGCUGAGCGUGAAGCCCCUGCAAUUGGAUGUACUGACCAAUAUUGAGAUUGUGCAUGGUGUACCCAUUGUAGAUAUCGAUGCAGUGGUGCAUGAAGAGGAGGUGAAGGCGGUGGAACAUCGCAGCCGCAGUCCCAGACCCACAAGACGUCCCAAAUCUCCACCGAUGCCACCGACGGCACCAACUGCAACAAUGACCACGCUGCAGCUGCCCUCCAGUCGACCUACGAGUCCGAAUCAAACUGUGCAACCAACUCGGGAUCCAUCUCCAGUUCAACUGCUCAAGCGAGAGCACACACCCGAGCGCCAGCUCUCUCCGCACACUUUGCAACAAGCUCGAGAUCCAUCUCCUGUACAGCUGCUCAAGCGUCAGCACACACCCGAGCGUCAGCUCUCUCCGGAGCGUGCAGCAAAGUGGCAACCAACGUUUACCUCCUCGCCAGCAACAAUUGUGGGCACUAUCAGCAUGCAGGAGGCCUCACCCGAAGUCAAGAGUUCCUAUGCCUCGCGUUUCAAGUCCAUGUUCAGCUCCAGAACACAAGAGCCACGCCAGAAAUCUCCGUCACCGCAACACUCUCGUUCGCCUUCCCCCUACGUGGAGCAUUCUCCAACGCUGCAGUUGGAGAAAUCUACAUCGCCCAACAAGAUGUUAACCGUAUUUAACAAGAGCAAGCCGCAGCCUAUGUCCAUUGUGAGCAGCACAUCGAACGUGAUGAAGCGUCAGGAAGCGGAGCCGCUCUCCGUGCGCGUUACGGAGACCUUCUCACUAAAGGUGGAUGAGAUGGAUCAGUACAGUACGCGUCCAGCUAAGCCACCAGCACCUCCGCCACAUGCCCAGACUAUGUACAGCAGUCGGGAGGAUUUUGCCGCAUCCGAACGUGCUUCGGUUGACAUUAGUGAGGCUUUCGCUCCAGUGGUGGUUUCCGCGGUGCCUCGAGGCACAAUUAGUAGCAUUGGCGGUGUUAGUUUUAUGGCAGGCAACAGGAAUCUGUAUUCAAGCGAGAUUGAGAUACCCGACAACAGUUGGUCGCAGAGUGAGUUGGGUUUUCGGCAUUCGAGCAGCAAGGACCAAUCAAUAGGCAGCCACGGCAGUCGACCACUUAUCUCCGUGCCCAUACAGAUCACGGGCAGUGGCAGUCAGGUGUAUCGACCUCAACGGAGCCUCGGUCUGCAGAGCAAAGCGUCGUUUAGGGAGCCGCGCACACAGUCCCAUGAUCGUGGUGGGCGCAUGAUGAGCGGAUCCCAAGAUCAGCUCUAUGGGUCGUCGGCUCGCAUGACAAAGACGGUUAGUUUCAAUUUCGAUGAGCGUAAAUCGCGUCUAGCGGAAUUUGAGUCCGAUUCGCCCCUAACACAAAAGCAAAAUGACCACAGAGACUUCCUCGAGCGGACCUAUUUCUCUCGUGAUCAUGAAUAUGAGCCCGUGGGCGUCUCGCCGGCGCACGAUAUCGAUUCAAUGCCCACUGCAACGCCGGCGCCGGCCCAGAACAGCAGCAGCCUUCAAAUACCCAUGGAUGUUGAUAUUGAACUGAGUUCAGGUGGAACAACGCCACGCACGGAAUCUCGCACGGACUAUGAAAUACACACUAGCCAGGUGGACUCGAGCGCCUUAGAGGAACUACCACUACAGCCAGAGAAUCGCAAGAAGAGUUUCAUGGCAUCCGCCCAGGAUCGAACGCGCAAAAUGCAGGAUGGCCUACGCAAUCAGGCUGGGAAGCUUCGCACCAAACUGCGUCCGCAACCCAAGCCAAAGCCUGUUUCUGGCAGUCCCAAGGCAAAGGCUAAGGAGCGCAGACGCUUUGCACCUGAGUUCUCCAAGAUCAAAAUGCCCGAUAUUAAGCGACCGGACAUGUCCAAGUUUAAGGAAAUGAAACGACCCGAAUUUACCAAGUUUAACAAGCCGGACAUGUCCAAAUUUAAGUUGCCAGAGAAGUUCACCACGUUGAAGCUGCGCCGUAGCAAAAGCUUCAAGGAAAAUGAGUCCGGAAUGGCCGACGAGUCCACGGAAUCGCCGACCGCAACGGCAGAUGCGCAGCCAACACCAGCAAAAAAGAAGUUCGAGUUUAACUUUGGCACCUAUCCGCGAGCAUUUCGCAAGAAGAAGCCCGUUGAGGAGCCUGCACCACCGAUAGAGUCUUCGCUAGGCACAGAGGGCCUCAGUCUCAGCGUUAUACCCAGCACUGAGACGCAGCCGUCGCAAACCUCGACAAGCUCACCCCAGGGCGAUCGUGGACCAGGUCCAGUCCGUUCCCGCUGGGCCGAUAAGUUCUCGGAUGUGAGCUACAAUGAUAGCGAGGGAUCGCGCUAUAGACGCUAUGGCAGCGAGUUGGAGAGCUUCGAUAGAGAAUCAUCCCUGGAGCGACGCAUGAAGGAUGACCUGGAGGAGGACACGGCCAGCGAAGCACAGCCUCAAACCCAAAUGGGCAUUCUAGGUGGCGUCGCGGAUAGCAAACAGUUUGCGGAGUUCGAUGAGGAAAAUCGUGCCAUACACGAGAUCUCCAGCCAGCGAACGAGGGAGUUCAAGCGUCGGCCCAUGGUGCACCAGGACUCGGAUCUGCGCUCCGAAGACAGCCACGAUGCUGAGGGCUGGACGGAGAAGGACAUACAAAAGAAUAAACUGCUGCGCAAGGCCGAACUGGAUGCGGAGGCGAGCUACUACAAAUACCAAGAUUUGCAGGAUGCCCAAUCCACGGCCAGCUCUGGCAAGAAGGUCGUCAUGGAGACUAUCGAUGACGAUGAGUUCUUCUUGCGCAAACGUGGCAUCUCCGAGGACAAUAUCCAGUUGCGUCAAUACAUCAGCGACGCAAUUCGCGAGGGCUACGAUCUGCCCAAUGCACUGCAGCAAGUGGGCCAGUCUGCCCACCAGACUCGGGAACGGGAGCCGGCCGAGGAGUUUGGAGAGUACGAUGUGCCGCCGCCGAAGCCGCGUCGCCUCCAUCGCAACUACCGGCCGGACUUCGACGACUCACAGGAGUUCCAGCGCAGCGAGUAUGGUGAUGAUAUGUCCAUGUCACAAAAUGGCAGUGACUUUAUGCCAAAGCGACCGUUGCGCAAGGCGCGCAGCCGCAGCAAGUACUCCAUGGAGGGUAGCCAGGAUCUGCCACUGGCAGAUGGUGGCAGCAGCAUUCAGUACUUCGACGAUGAUGAGGAUUACCUCAGACCGCCCCAACACGAACAGCUGGCAACCGACUCUGAACAGGCGCUCAACAAACUUAACUUUAGCGCUGCUGCGGCAGCACAGGAGUUGCCCACUCCACAAAGUCGACCUCAGGCGCCAAGGCGCCAAAAGAAACGCACACGCGACGAUGCAUCUGUGGAGAAGGACGCGGACUCCUUUAUCAAUGGCUUUGGUGGUAGAUCAGUAUCGAACACCUUUUUGCAGCCACAGGAAGAUGUAAUUGUUUAUCGCACUGAGCAUGAAUAUCAUCAUCACAUACCGCUAGCCACGCCGGAGAACUUAACGGACGCCACGUCGGCACGCACUCAACGCUCUGAGGAUGAGCGUACCUCUCGUGGCGCCGAAUCACUGGAUAUGGACGUGCACAAGCCAAGAGCUGACGUCGAGGAGAAGUUUGUCAUCGAUAUGCUGGAGAGCGAUGGCUAUGCCGUGGUGCGCAAGGAGCAGUUGCCCAAGCCGACGCCGCCCGCACGUCGCAAGAAGUUCGUCCGUUCGCCUGGGGAACGUUUCGCCACAUUGCCCAACAUUCGUGGCUCUCGCGGCAGUCCGCCGCCAGCCCGUCCACCGCCGCCUCAGCAGUAUACGCCCAGCGAGGACUCACCGCUGCCACCGCGUCGCCGCCGUUCGGUGGCCAGUCUUGAGGAGAUGCCCAGGCCAGCUGCUGCUCAAGUCAAACAACAGCAACAGAAGCCGCAGCAACUGGAGGAAGACGAUUACGAGGAGCCGGGUGUAUUACUACAGCGACCCGAAUCUCCACGCUCGAAUCUGCAAUCCGGGGAAGUGAUCAACAAAAUGAAGUUCCGGCCACUGCCGCCGCCGCCACGCCCACCAAGGGAGAAGCGCUCGACACGUGGAGGAAGCGGAUUGGACGGAUAUGAGGACAGCGAACGCAUCGCCAGCUCAUCCACGGCAGAUAGCUUGGAGCAAGGCGAAUUUGAGGUGGAGGUGUCCACUCAAACGGAUCCUCUGCCAGAUGACUUUGUGUGCGAGGAAUUUGAGAUAACCGACGACAUGAAGAUCAUCGAGCCGCGACGUUCCUCAGGCUCGGCAGGCGGCAAAACUACGCUGGAGGACCUGUUGCGCAGCACGCAGGCUCAGGAGCCAGAUGAAGUGGAUGGCGCACGUGUCCUCACUGAGGACGAGCAGCUUGCCCGGGGCUUACAACGGUUCCGCGAUGCCAACCAACGUAGUAUAUCGGAACGCUCACGUGCAUCCUCACAAGCGGAUCGCUCCAAGUCGCUAAGUCGCCCGCAAACACCAUCCUCAGCGGUUAUCAUUGAGCGACGCGUACCUACACCCAGUUUGAGUGUAGGCGACGGAGAUGAUACAGUGCAGGCAGCGCUUAUAGUGCGUCCCAUUAGCGCGGCCGAUCUGGACGAUGAUGAGCUGCGUCGCGAGGAGGAGGAACUGAGACGCGAAGGCCUCCUCUCCGACAGCUCGGUGCAGAGUAAAUCUGAUGUGGAAACAGCCGGCGAGGAGGAGGAGCAUGGCGAGAUUGCGUUUAGCGAUUACGCAGCCAGCUCAGCGGAUUUGGAUGCUGCAGUGGAGCAGCUGCAGCAGGCACAACUGGAGAGUGACUAUGACAGCAAACUGGAGGACGAUGAAGUUGAGCGUACGCUCCGCGAUACAGAGUAUGAAGAGGAGUAUGAUGCUGGCGAGAAGUUCUCGGAUCAUUACGAUGAGGAAGAGGAUUUGCAACAGAAACAAGAACGCUCAGAUCAAGAGAUGGACGAGGCGCUAGAGAAAGAGCUGCAAGAAGAAAUGGAAAAGAUGCUGGCUGAGUACAGACAAGCAGAGAUUGCGGAAUCUAGAGCGAAGGCAUUGGAAGAGGAGCACGUAACAUCUGAAGAAGAGCAUGUGGUGUCCGAAGCGGAGCAGGUACUAUCCGAGGAGGAGCAAACGCUAUCCGAGGUGGAGCGUACUCUAUCCGACGUGGAGCACACGCAAUCCGAAGCGGAGCACACUGAAGUGCAGCCCACGCUCUCCGAAGAGCAGCACACACUAUCCGAAUCAGAGCAGACCCCGGAACAAAUUACAGUAGAGGAGGCGCCCAUAAGGAAAACCAUUGCCAGCGAACCCUCUGAGGCUGAAGUCGACGCCAAAUUUGUAGCCACUUUACCCACCGAACCCGCUACACACAACAGUCAAGAGUUGCCGGUAGAGGAAGACAUUCAAUCGAUGCCCUUGCCGCCACCGCGACGCAAAUCCACAACAUUGACAGAACCAAGCGCAGCGUUGAUCCUCGCCGAGCAGAUGGCACGUGAGCUGACGCCUGUACAAUCGGUGCAAGCCGCGCCAGAAGUAGUAGAGUUGCCGACGCGCAUGCUGGAACUGGAGGUGGAACGUCUGCGUGUUCAUGCACUGCAGGCUGGCCAGAUCCAGGUCUCACAGCUGCAUGGUGGACAGGUCAGUGCCGAUGAGCUGGCCUGCAAAUCGGGUCAACUGGUGGUGCAGAAUAUUGAGCUGCCGCCCGGUUUCAUUGAUGACAUCGUGGAACGCGUUAAGGAGCAACGCCCAUCGCUGCUUACCAGCGAGACGCAGACAAGCCGCCAGCCCAGCAGUGAACCCGCCGCCAGCGACGUGGAGCCACCGACUAAGCCACCACGACAGAGUAAAUCCACUGAAUCCACACCACAAAGCAAUCUCGAUGAGCAAACGCAGACAGAAGCAGCAAUGAUGCCAUUGCCCCCACCGCCACCUGUGUAUCCCAGCGUAGAGUAUCUGCAAUCCCUGGCGCCAUUGGCCUUUUACAAUUUGCAACGGAGUGCUGAAGCGGAGCAGGCAGCAGCCGGUAGCAGUGCCGCAGAGCGUAAGGCACCGCACAAAUGCCGACGUCGCCAUAUGCACGAACAGCAGCAGGAGCCAGAAUCCGAAUCAGAGCUUGAGGAGCAGCUGGUGGAACGUCCGCGUUCUCGAUCCCGUCGCUCACGUACGCGAAGCGCUACACAACCGCUGGAGGAAUACGAUGAGGAUCAACCAAAGACAGUGGUGCAAGCGGGUCGCCAGUUCCUCUCCGCUUGCAGUUUGGAACUGGUCAACAUCAUCAAUCAGCUGACGACCUUUGUGCGUGGAGAUGUUGCAAUGGAGCCGGCACAGCAGCCUAGGAAUAUAUCCGCACUGAUGGUGCUCUUCAUUUUGAUAACCUUUGGGGUGCUGGUCUUUCUGGUGACGGGUCGGCAGGUGCACACACAUCACUGGGACUACUUCAAUCCGCCUGGCAACGAGGGCAGGCAAACGUGAAAAGAGAGCUGCCAAAAACUUGGUGACAUCUGUUGCUUGGGUUAUUUUUGUAUAUGAUCUGAGGGCAGUUUUGCAUUUUUGGAGCAUGAAACGAAUUUAAAAGCGGGCCAAAAGCGACCGCUCGAAACCAAAGGCCUUAACCUUAAUAAUAUAUACUACAUACUAACAAAGAAAUACUACUUUAGGAUGGAUGCGAGAAGUCUACUAGUCGCUAGUCGCAGUGAAAACAACUAAUUAAACGAAACAACAAUCACAGCAAAUCCCAGUUCAAUCAUCGUCAAAAACACUGAAAACAACAUACCGAACUUAUAUAGAACAAAUAUCUCUCACACUAAUCAAAAACAAUAUCAUGUUUUUUACUACCAAGAACAAUAACAACUAUAUAACAGCAGC